AUGCCCGAAUUUCUGACCCCAAAUUUCACUGCUCUCUCCGUUGUUGACCUCUUAGGUGAUGUCGAUGACCACUACCAUUCUUACUGUACAUACAUACCUGUCACUAUCCUAGGUGCUGCCCGCCAUUCUUUACACGUUCACCGUCAUUGUCAAGAGGUCGACUUCAAAGCGCCCUCAUUCUCAUCCUCAGAAAGCACCAACAAAACAUUGCAUCCCCCACUCUACACCGCUACCAACAUCACUCGCUUCCCUAAGAGCUAUACCACACAUCCAACGCAUACAUGCCAACGCUCGCUGAUUCAUGUUGCCGUCACACCUGACGAUGAAAUGACCGACGCCCCUGGCUCUCCUCCCGGUCUGACCGGAUCCAAGUCUUCCAAAUCUUCCUCAUACCGUUCCUCUUCUUUGUCCGGCCCAGACGGCAUUCUAUCUGAUAUUACCCACUUUGAAGACAUUGGUCUUGACGGAGAUCAUCUCUUCGGGCGGAAUCUACAUGGCAUGGAGAAACCAAUGCGGCCCGUAGCCGGCGCGGCCCCCCCAAUGGCUACUAUGCGAGAGCUCACAAAUGCUGGAAAGAACCGGCCUUACCCCCUAUUGCAAGGUCCGAAGAAAGAACAUUCCGCGACUUAUUCUGCCAGUCUGCCAAUUCCAGGACCACCAAGAAGAGGCUUGAGGAGCCCUUCGACUCCAUCAUUAGCUAUGGCAGCCAUGAGCAAUCGCACCCUGUCUCGGAGCCCAUCUCCCAAUGGUGUCUGCCCAGUGUCCAGACCCAUGUCCAACCCGGCAGCGCCUCGGAGACCAAGAUUAGCCCCAAUAAAGGCGAUGAAUCCGCAAGCCAGACGUGGCUCUUGGCAGCCAAGCCGGAAAACUACAACAGAGCUAGAAGCGGAAUAUAAUGAUUCAGACGAAGACCUUCCCGAUGAUGCGAGUCUAUGGAAUGUACCGCUUUCUCCUCGACCCCCCGCUGAGCGGACGACCUCAAUAUCUGCGUCCGAUUCGCCCAAGAUUUCACCUUGCACAAGUCCGGAACGAUCCAGUCCUCUUCACACUUCCUCCCGUAAUCAUUCCUCGCAACCUCCAAGGACCGCUCCAGUCCUCAGAGCAAAUUCACCACUGGCGGGCAACAUGACUUCUCCACCCUCUUCACCAAGGAAACCGAAGACCUUGCUACGAGGUGCUUCUACAGGAACAAUGCCCGAUCAUUUCGGUUUUGCUGCAUCACGCACAAAAUCCUGGAACGUAGCACUAUCGGAGCUCUCGGAAGAAGCUAAAUCGCUGACAGAAGCAUUCGAGAACCAUGCUGUCUUGGCCGAACAGCAACAUGAGGAAGCCGUUCAGAACGGGGAAACGUCCUUCAGAUCAAGCCUGGAAAAGCUGUCGAGGUCGAGGACGAGCACGGUGGAGCUUCCCCCUCUCCGAAAGAAUAACGUUAUGAUUGAUCCACUGCCUAUAAGCAAAGAAAAGGAGAAGGUGCUUAGCAGGACGCGACCAAGCUGGCUGCCUCCGAAGAGCCAAAAAGAGGAAAAAAAGCACUUGAAAGAGUACCAACGAAUGAUGGAGUUUUCUCUGGAAGCCGAGAGGAAAAGAGCUGCGAAAGUUGCUGACUCUCAAUGCGCCAAAGACGAUACCAAAAGCGCCCUCCUUCGAAUAUGGGAGGAACAUGUACUUCCGAAUUGGGAUCAAGUGGUCCGAGAGCCCCGCACUCGUGAGCUUUGGUGGAGGGGAGUGGCACCAAAAUCACGAGCUCAGGUCUGGCAGAAAGCCGUUGGAAAUGAGCUUGCGUUGACAGAGGUCACAUACAAAAAGGCUUUGCAAAGGGCCAAAGACGUGGAAGCACGACUUGUAAAGCCGGGCAAAGAAGAGCUGGAUAAAGAGAAGGUCUGGUUUGAUGCCAUCCAGAGGGACGUUAGGGUCGCUUUUCCGGAGCUCAAAAUCUUCCAACCGAGCGGCCCAUUACACGGUGAUCUGGUCGAUGUUCUGAUGGCUUACUCAAUGUACCGCUCGGACGUCGGCUACAGUCACGGCACUCAUCUCAUCGCCGCUCUUCUCUCCCUGACCCUUCCUGAUCCCACCUCCGUCUUCCUCACCCUUUGUAACCUCCUCAAUCGCCCCCUACCGCUCGCCUUCCUGACGGGCGAUCCAUCUGCAACGGCCAAAGCCUAUUCCCUCACUGAUGCUUUGCUCUCUCAUAAAUUUCCACGUCUUCACGCCCAUCUCUUCGACCCAGCACCCACUGGACUCGGCCUCACAGCGCACGAAGCGCUUGAACCUAUGAUGCGCACGCUUUUUCUAGGUCCUGGAAAUGGAUUAGGUGUGGAAAGAGCGGUCAGAGUGUGGGACGUCAUGGUGUUCGAUGGAGACGGAGUCAUCAUAAGAACAGCGGUGGCUGUUUUGGGCGCACUGGAAGGGAAACUAUAUGGAGGCAAAGAAGAAGUCCUAGGGGUACUUGGUUGGGGAGAUAGCACGGGCAAAGGUGCGUGGGAUGUUGGGGGUGAAGAGAGCUUCAUGGCAUUGGUGAGAAAUGCUGGCAAGGAAGAGAAGGGAAAGGAUAUGUAA